AUGCCGCCGCACGUCAUCCGGUUCCUCGACCAGGACGCGAGGGACCACUCGCACAUGCCGCUGGUCGACGAGCAGGCGGGCCCUCUGCUCGCCGGGGCGCCCAAGAGGGCGAGCCCGGACCUGGUCGGCGGCACCUACGGCACGAACCGGCACCACGAGCCGCGCGGCCGGCCGGCCGGCGCGGCGCGAGCACGGAUGGCACUAGAAACGAUGGAUGCAUUGACUUGCCUUGCUUGCCCGAAGGAGGCGGAGGACGGAGACGCUGAGGAGGCGGCGCCGGGCUGCGGCCUGGAGCAGCGGCAGGAGGAGCUGGAAGAGUACGAGGCGCUCCCCACGAACGAGAUGGAGGCGUUCGGCGAUGACGUCGAGGACGCCACGAGGUGGGUCGAGGACGUGAUGAAGAUCCGCGGUCCAGCGAGGAGGAGGCUGUGUUGUGCGAAGCGGGUCGUCGAGAAGCUCUGCUCGCUCCUCGACGCCGACAUGAAGAGCACGACCGAGCAGGCCAAGGCCGCCCUGAAGUUCUGCGGCGUCCCGCCGCCAUCGUCCCAGGACCUGCCAGCUGACCUGGAGGUGCUGCUGCAGCAGCUCGCGGAGUUCCUCCGCGUCUUCAAGCAGUACUGGGGAGAGGUCAACCGGGACAUCUCGAGCUACCAGCAGCUGUUUAGCGGAGGCAUCGCGGCCCCGAAGGCGCUCGAGCGCUCGCCCGGCGGCCGCAAGGCCCACCCGGAGGUCCUGUGGGCCAACGAUCAGCCAGCCUGCGAGCGCAGGUGGCUGAGGCAGAGAGGUUCAGAAAUGACUGUCGCCUUCGUUGCCGGCAGAAACCUCGAUACCACAAGCCCCGAGGUGCUCGCGACAGUUCGCCGCGUCCAGGCCGUCGAUGUACUGCUCCUGCGCCCCCUCGUCGACAUGCAUCGUGGAGCUUGCCGGUGGGCCCAGCGGUACUGGAGGUCGGACGCGAACUCGUGGGAUCCACAACGAGCGCUGCUGCUGGCGUCAAACUGUGAUAUCGUGGCCUCGAGCCCUGGCAAGAUGGCGGAGAGCGCUGGCGUGCCGUGCUCUGCUGCGGCAUAUACCGUGGAGGCGCGCGUGGAGAAGGACGGCGUUUUCACGACACUUGUGCUCGCCAUGGGCGGGCGGCCAGAGCGUGCGGAGCAGGUGGAGCCGCGCGUCGGGCCAGCGGCGCGCCUUCUCGCGGCCCGCGCCGCGCGCCUGCCGCGCGGGGCGCUCGGCAACACUCUCGUGUUCCCGAAAUUCGAGUCAAGUAUGUUGGUGCGGGUCGCCAUGUGCUCCAUGGACGUGCAGGAAGCCCCGACCCUCGUGAUCCUCCUCGCCAUGGCGCCAGGGAGCAGCACCGUUGCCGCGAGGGCGGGGUCACGCCGGCCCCCGCGGCGCGCCGCCAUGUUCUGCUGCUGCUGGGACCCCCCGCGGCCGGAGGCGACGGAGGCGGACGGCGCCGCCAAGGGGGCAGAGCUCGACACCACCGCGGCCGACGCGGCCAUCGAGGGCGGCGCGGAGUUCAGAAAACAGGGCAGCGGCACGAUCCGGGUCCUGCGGACCCCCGCCGACCAGGCGGGCUUCCUGAAGGAGUUGGCGACGGGCAAGCGACUGCUGCACCUCAGGGGCUUCUCCGAGGGAUACCAGCAGCUGGAGCAGCAAAAUGCUGAGGUUGCUGCAGAGCAGAAGCAGCAAGCCAUCGACGCCAUGAUAGCCUUCAACCCAGACUACUUCGUAGUAGACGGAGAAGUGUUUGGCAGUGGCUUCCAGUAUUACGCGAAGGCUUGCUUGGAGACCACAAAGACCUUCAUGGUGCCCGCCUCGCUCAUCUGGUUGGCGAGCGCCGCGGACGGGCGGACGCGCCGGGCCGAGAGCUGGGCAGACCAGGGCUUCGCCGUCACCGUCUGGCUCCUGCCGGAGGACCAAAUCUCCGCGCGGCUGGACCGCACGUUCGGCGCCUCGGCGUCUGCGGCGCUGCGGCCCCUCGACGCGACCGCCAGAGGUGGCCUGAAGCUCUUCGAGGACAGCGCCAGUGCCCCGUCGUGGUUCAGGAGUUUGCAGAUGACCCUGAAGGCGGAGCUCCAGGAUGUGGAGAGGCGGAGCAGCGCCCAGUACUUCCAGAAAAGCAGCUUCGAGGCCGCCGCGAGAAGCGGGACCGCCAUGGACCUCGUCCGCGGCGCGCAGGGCGCCUUCGACUCCACCGCUGGCCUGCAGGGCGUGAUGUGCAUCGGCGGCGGCGAGAGCCGACCCAGGUGCAAUUUUCAUGAACGGCGAGAGCGGGAUCCGAGAAAGCGAGGUGGCGAUCCACACGUUCAAGCCCGCGGUGGGGGAGCCCACGGUGCUGCUGCCGAGCGUCGGCACUUCCUUCUGCGUGGAGGACAUGGGAGACUGGAUGCGCCAGAUCUCCACUGGCACGGCGCACUCGUACCGGCCCUCCGCGGCAGAGAUCAAAGUACGCAUGGCAAGCGUGGGAGAGGACGACGAGGCCGAAGCUGCCGACGAGGAGGCGGAGAACGGCUGCGGGGAGUCCGCUCCUCUCGCCAGCAGCUCCGCGCUGCCAGGUGUCACCUCGAAGAAAGGCAGCACCCUCGCAGUCAUCACGCAGAAUUGGCGGAGGGCGGUCGUCGGUGA